AUGAGUGAACUGGAGCAGAUUCGUCUGGCCAACAUUGAGCGAAACAAAGCACUGUUGGCGGCUCUGAAUCUUCCCACAGAGGCCAAAAAGGAGAGCGUGGACCCUGAGGUUGCGCCGAAGAAGAGUAGGAAACGAAACUCAGCUCGACUUGAGUCGCCUGACGAUGGAUCUGACGAUUCCGCGCCCAGAACUCGACGAAAAUCGCGUCGGCUGCAGGGUCUGGAUCCCGAGGCAAACGCACUGAAGCAGGAGGACCUGGGAGGUAGCGGUGAGCUCAAGCGACUGAUGCAACAGCUCAAUGGAGGAGUCAAGAAGGAGCGACUGUCUGGAGAUCUGAGUCUCAAGGAGAUGCUAACUAAGACUGGACUCGACGAAAAGGAGUGGAGUGCGUCGCUGGGCCAGCUGUUUGGAGACGGAUCGAGGGUCAGUCAGGGAGAUUUCUUUGAUGAGAUUGUCAAGAAGGAAGAAGAGGAUACUAAGGACAUUGACAUCAAGCAGAGCAGAGACAACUUGAGCGGUCUGCAGCUCGGAAAAAUGUCCAAAGUAACUAAAGAGCGAAUCUACAUCACUGCUGUGCAUCCUGGUACAGAUAAACGGAUUGUUUUGGCCGGAGACAAGAUUGGAGUGUUGGGUAUUUGGGAUGUUGAUUCCGAUAACGAGCCCCUACAGUUGCAAUUGCACCACGCUACCAUUCCUGCUCUUUGUUUCGAUCAAAAUUCCAACGAUAUUUUGUAUUCCGCUUCCUAUGACGGUUCUGUGAGAAGUCUGGAGCUGAAAACAGGCAAGAGUGGAGACGUUUUGGACUUGGAGGCCAAGAAGAACGCCAGUGUUGGUGUUUCGGACGUGGCAAAUCCCCAACCUCAUCUUCUUUAUGCCUCUACUCUUUGCGGUCACCUGAUUCGAAAAGAUCUACGAACGAAAUCAACUGAAUAUGAGACUCUGAUUCUCGGAGAAAAGAAAAUUGGUGGCUUCUCGGUGGACCCCAUCAACACUCAUUUGCUUGCGACCGGAUCGCUGGAUAGAUCGAUGCGAAUAUGGGACCUGAGAGCAACUGAAACUGCCAGAACCAUUCCUGGGGGAGAAGUCAUCGACACACAGUUCCAGAUGCCCCAUCUCCAAGCCAUCUACAACUCCCGACUGUCUGUGUCUUCUACCGACUGGAACCUGGCUGGCCAGAUUGUCUGCAACGGCUAUGACGACACCAUCAACAUCUUCAACCAGAGUGACUACUUCUUGGAUAUGUUGAAUGACGGUAACGGAACAGAGCCUGUGAAGAAGACCCGACGAACCAGAAAUUCCAAACUUGCUGAACCCGAGAUCAGCGACCAGGAGCUGCCCGAAAUCAAGAAACCUUCCGUUCGAAUCAAACACAACUGCCAGACUGGCCGAUGGGUUACUAUUCUCAAAGCUCGAUGGCAACAACAGCCUCUGGACGGCGUGCAGAAGUUUGCAAUCGCCAACAUGAACCGAUACAUUGACAUUUAUUCUGGCACUGGUCAUCAGCUUGCUCAUCUUGGUGAUGCCCUCAUGACUGCUGUUCCUUCUGCUCUGGCUUUCCAUCCUACUCAAAACUGGAUUGCAGGAGGAAAUUCCAGUGGAAAGAUGUAUUGGUGGGAGUAG